UAGGCGUCUCCACCUAUCCCGGUAGCUGGGACCUACUGGGAGUCAGCAGCCACGCGAGCCGGAGCUGGGUCAGGCUUGCUGGGAGAGCAGGAGGAGAUGGAGGCCAGAGAAGGAAAGGAGCGCUUUCUGAAACAAAGGCAAGUCUUGAUAUUCUUUGUUUUGCUGGGCAUAGCUCAGGCUGGUUCCGCGCCUAGGCAUUAUUCAGUGGCCGAGGAAAUGGAGAGCGGCUCCUUUGUGGCCAAUUUGUUAAAGGACCUGGGAUUGGAGGUAGAUGGGCUAGCUGCGCGAGGGGCCCGCGUCGUUUCCAAAGGGAAAAAAACGCGUUUGCACUUGGAUAGGCAGACCGGGGAUUUGUUGUUAAAUGAGAAACUGGACCGGGAGGAGCUGUGCGGCCCUACCGAGCCCUGUGUGCUACCUUUCCAGGUGUUACUGGAAAAUCCUUUGCAGUUUUUUCAGGCUGAGCUACGGAUUAGGGACAUCAAUGAUCAUUCCCCGGUUUUCCUGGACAAAGAAAUAAUUUUGAAAAUCUCAGAAAUUAUCACUCCCGGGACUGCUUUCUUAAUAGAAUGUGCCCAGGAUUUAGAUGUGGGAAUCAACGGUCUCCAAAGUUACACAAUCAGUCCCAAUUCCCACGUCCAUCUUAAAUUACAAAACAGUUCCGACGGCAUAAUAUUACCACAGCUGGUGCUGGACAAAGCGCUGGACCGCGAGGAACAGUCUGAGAUCAUGCUAACUCUAACGGCGCUGGAUGGCGGGACGCCACCCCGGUCUGGCACCGCCCUGGUCCGCAUUGAAGUCUUGGACAUCAAUGAUAAUGCCCCGGAAUUUGCAAAGUUGCUCUAUGAAGUUCAGGUUCUGGAAAACAGCCCCAUUGGAUCCCAGGUUGCUAUGGUCUCGGCUAGAGAUUUAGACAUUGGAGCCUAUGGAGAAAUAUCUUAUGUCUUCUCCCAGGCUUCGGAAGAUAUUCGCAAAACUUUUCGAAUAAAUGCAAAAUCAGGAGAGCUCCUUUUAACACAGAAACUGGAUUUUGAAUCCAUUCAGAGUUAUACAUUAAAUAUUCAGGCGAUAGAUGGUGGGGGUCUUUCUGGAAGUUGUGUGGUGCUUGUCCACGUGAUAGAUCUGAAUGACAACCCUCCGGAACUGACGAUGUCAACGCUUAUCAAUGAAAUCCCAGAAAACUUGCAGGAGACCGUCAUUGCUGUAUUCAGUGUUUCAGAUCCUGACUCGGGAGACAAUGGGAGGAUGGUUUGCUCCAUCCAAGAUCACCUUCCGUUCUUCCUUAAACCCUCCGUUGAGAAUUUUUACACAAUAAUGACAAACACAGCCCUGGACCGAGAGAUGAGAUCUGAGUACAACAUCACCAUCACCGUCACCGACUUGGGGACCCCCAGGCUGAAAACCCAGCACAACAUCACCCUGCUGGUGUCCGACGUCAACGACAACGCCCCCGCCUUCACCCAAACCGCCUACACCCUGUUCCUGCGCGAGAACAACAACCCCGCCCUGCACAUCGGCAGCGUCAGCGCCACAGACAGGGACGCGGGCGCCAACGCCCAGCUCACCUACUCGCUGCUGCCGCCCCACGACCCGCGGCUGCCCCUGGCCUCGCUCGUGUCCAUCAACGCGGACAACGGCCACCUGUUCGCCCUGAGGGCGCUGGACUUCGAGGCGCUGCAGGCGUUCGAGUUCCGCGUGGGCGCCACGGACCGCGGGUCGCCCGCGCUGAGCAGCCAGGCGCUGGUGCGCGUGCAGGUGCUGGACGCCAACGACAACGCGCCCUUCGUGCUGUACCCGCUGCAGAACGGCUCUGCGCCCUGCACCGAGCUGGUGCCCAGGGCGGCCGAGCCGGGCUACCUGGUGAGCAAGGUGGUGGCGGUGGACGCAGACUCGGGCCAGAACGCCUGGCUGUCGUUCCAGCUGCUCAAGGCCACGGAGCCCGGGCUGUUCGGCGUGUGGGCGCACAAUGGCGAGGUGCGCACGGCGCGGCUGCUGAGCGAGCGCGACGCGGCCAAGCACAGGCUGCUGGUGCUGGUCAAGGACAAUGGCGAGCCCGCGCUGUCGGCCAGCGUCACGCUGCACGUGCUGCUGGUGGAUGGCUUCUCGCAGCCCUACCUGCCGCUGCCCGAAGCGGCGGCCGACCCGGCGCAGGCCCACCCGCUGACCGUGUACCUGGUCAUCGCGUUGGCGUCGGUGUCGUCGCUGUUCCUGUUCUCGGUGCUGGCGUUCAUCGCGGUGCGGCUGUGCAGGCGGAGCAGGGCCGCCUGGGUGGGUGGCUGUUCGGUGCCUGAGGGCCACCUUCCGGGCCACCUGGUGGACGUCAGCGGUACUGGGACCCUGUCCCAGAGCUACCAGUAUGAGGUGUGUCUGAGGGGUGGCUCAGGGACCAGCGAGUUCAAGUUCCUCAAACCCAUUCUUCCCAACUUUCUUGCUCCAGGUGAGGAGAGGGCUAGUGAGGCAAACCCCAGUUUCAGGAAUAGCUCUGAAUUCAGUUAAGAAUUGGUAGGGGUCUACUGACGCUAGUCUCAGUUAAUUUGUGAAAAAUCCUUUUUUUUUUUUUACUGCUUUGCCCAUUGAGGUUGUUUCUUUUUAUUUGAAGUGUAAAUAUCUCAUUUGAAUUCAGUGCACGUUACUAGUGUUUCUAAAUGUGUUGCUUUGUGGUAUAAUGAAUGCUAAUUUUCUUUGUAUUCUCAUUGGCGAUUAGUCUCCCUGUACCUUAAUUCCACUUAAAAUGUGAAAGUAAAUUUUGUCUUCCCAAAAGUCUGAAUUUUAAAGUUAGAGCAUCUUUUUCUAUCCUUCCCUUCCCCAGGGCCUAGGUAAUUUUGCAGUCUUACAUUUUUAAAUGUUUGCUAUUCCUACAGGGUUUUUUUUUCUAUUCUCAAAGGCUAUUGUUUUAUCUUGUGAAGUCACAUUGGCUAAAACUAUUAAUAUAGGUAUAUUCAUGAAAAACAAAGCACUCUGUCACAUUUUUCUAAAUAUUUACUAUCACAAAGUGUCCGUACAUGGAAGUUAUGAUUCUUUAGAGAUGUGAGAACUUUGACUGUUGAGUUCCACAAACCAUUCACAUUGAAAGUAUUCAAUAAAUCAACCACUAAUAUUCCAAACUGUAGUUAAAUGCAUAGCACAUGUCCAGUCAUUUUCAAAGACAUGCUAAUUAUUCAAGCUUUCUAUUUAAAACAACAUUGGAGGGGGGGAAUAUAAAGAAGUAAAACUAUAUUUGCUGAUAAUUUGAUUAUGUAUGUGGAAAACUGUAAAAUAAUUCUCCAAAAAAGUUAUAAUGAGUACACUUAGCAAAGCUGCAGUUUACAAGGCCAGUACACAAAAUUUAAUUAUGUUUAUCAAAUCUCUUGAAUUUUAAGUAGAAAGUUUUUAAUAAUUAAACUGAGAUUUUUAAACGGAGGAAUUGAAAUAAGCAGAGGUUAAUUUUUUUAAAAGAUUUGAGGGAAUGUAUGUCUCUGUCCUUAACCAAAUUUUAGAAACUUCAAAUGUAGUUUAACACUGCAUUUUUUUCAAAAAUUUCUGGAGCAUUUCUGAUUCAAUUGGAAAUAAGCUUGUGGGGAAAUAUGUAUCUUGGUCUGUCUGCUCAUUCCAUUUUUUUUUGCAUGGACUGCUUCUCUUUUCCCUUUCAAUUUCCUACUUUUCAAUGCUUUUUUCUUUUUAGGUGCUUGAAUUAUGUUUUUCAACAGCUCCCCAUUUAUUGCAUGAUUAGCACAAUGACUUGAAGAUUAUAGGUUCUUAAUAAAAUUUUUGAAUGACUGAUUGAAAGAAAGAAAGAAGUGUCUUUAUUUCACCCGUGAUAUAUAUUGAUAUUUAAAUACUCACAGGACAAACUUUUGCUGGAAUUAAGUGCUCUCUGAUGCAUAGUGAAUUUAUAUAUAUAAUAUAUAUAGGUUAAUUGAAGUGAUCACUAUUAUUUGAACACCAUGCAGUUAUCAGUUCUUGGUGUCUCUUUCCUUCAACAUAUUUUUCCUUUUCCCUU